CGGGGCCGGUGUUUAGAGGUAUGGCAGCUUGCUUCUCCUCGGUGUGUCUGUCUUCUUGACAAUCGGCCUCCAUCCGAGGAGCGGCGCGAGCAGGGCGUCCUCAGGGGUCGAGCUGCAUUCAGAAUGGUCCAGCGUUUGACAUACCGUCGUAGGCUUUCCUACAAUACAGCCUCUAACAAAACUAGGCUGUCCCGAACCCCUGGUAAUAGAAUUGUUUACCUGUACACCAAGAAGGUCGGGAAAGCACCAAAGUCAGCUUGCGGCGUGUGCCCAGGCCGACUUAGAGGGGUUCGUGCUGUGAGACCUAAAGUCCUUAUGAGAUUGUCCAAAACAAAAAAACAUGUCAGCCGGGCCUAUGGUGGUUCCAUGUGUGCUAAAUGUGUCCGUGACAGGAUCAAGCGAGCUUUCCUUAUUGAGGAGCAGAAAAUCGUCGUGAAGGUGUUAAAGGCACAAGCACAGAGUCAGAAAGCUAAAUAAAUAUGAAGCUUUUUAAAUAAUAAAAACCAAGGCUUGUUCUGUGGCUUUAUGCUAA